AAAAACAAGGUUAACAUGGGCUUGCAAAUUUUGCUCUAUUUAUUAAUAGCAUUACUAAUCGACACAGCAAGAGCCGCAGACCAUUUCAAGUAUGGACCGUCUAGGAAAUAUACAAUGAAGAAUAUGUUUCCUGAACAUACCACCGAAUAUUGGAACGAAAGAGCUCAAGACAUAUUAAAACAAAAAUUAGUGGAGGUUCAAUCACCUAUCACGAAUAAUGCUAAGAAUAUUAUUAUGUUUCUAGGUGAUGGUAUGUCAGUGCACACUAUAACAGCAACGAGGAAUUUCAUGGGUGACAGCGCGAAACAAGUUUCAUUUGAAAAAUUUCCAUAUUUUGGUUUGUCAAAAACAUACUGUGUGGAUAGUCAAGUCGCGGACUCAGCAUGUAGUGCGACAGCCUAUUUAGGAGGUGUUAAAGGUAACUACGGUACAAUUGGUGUAAAUGCUAACGUACCACGUUUCGAUUGUAUGGCCGGUCUUAAUGUGGGUAAUUGGGUGGAAAGUAUUGCUCAAUGGGCUCAAAAUGCCGGCAUGGAUACUGGUUUGGUGACGACAUCCCGCGUUACGCACGCCUCUCCGGCAGGCGUAUACGCUCAUACAGCCCAACGUGGCUGGGAGAACGAUGCCGAAAUUCUAAAAUCAGGUUGCAGUUCCAAAGUUAACGUUGACAUUGCACGUCAGUUGGUCGAAUGGCCUGUUGGACGCAAAUUGAAAGUUAUAAUGGGAGGAGGGCGUAGUAAUUUCCGAAACAUAACAGUUAACGACGAAGACGGUAUAGCAGGUCAACGCUAUGAUGGUCGUGAUCUUAUUGAAUAUUGGAUACAAGAUAAGCGUUCGCAAAAUGUUAAGGCCAACUAUGUGUGGAAUCGGAAAGGUCUCAACUCGUUAAAUUUAAAUAACACUGACUACCUGCUGGGUCUAUUUAGUAGUUCACAUUGUCCUUUUCACGGUGAUUUAAAGCGCAAUAAUAUAUCAACAUUGGUACCGUCGCUUAGUGAAAUGACUGAAUUUGCUUUAAAAGUUUUAAGUAAGAAAAACAAUGGAUUCUUCUUGUUUGUGGAGAGUGCUCGUAUUGAUAUGGCUCAUCACGAAACUAAAGCUCGUAAGUCGUUAGAAGACACUGAAGAGCUUGCAAAAGCUGUUGAUUUAACUCGUAAAAUGUUCUCCGAAGAGGAUACCCUAAUUAUUGUAACCUCAGAUCAUUCGCACACAAUGACUAUUAGUGGUUAUCCUUAUCGCGAUGAGGACAUAACUGGUUUAGCUGCUGAUCAGGCCGAUGAUGACCUGCCAUAUACAAUUUUAUCUUACGCUAACGGUCCUGGCUUUGACAAUACUUAUAAUAAAAAAGGACGUAAACGAAUUGCCCCGGAGGAGACCAUCGAUCCUAAUUUUCAAUACUUGGCUACGGUACCUUUGGCAUCUGAAACACAUGGUGGCGACGAUGUUGGUGUAUUUGCAUCGGGACCUUUUGCCCAUUACUUUAGCGGAACUUACGAACAAUGUAACAUACCAGCUAUGAUGGCAAAAGCCGCUAAUAUUGGGACAUUCAGAUCUGGAGCAGGCGUACAAGCAAGACCAACGGUAAUGGCUCUUUUUGUAAUUCAUUUUUUCAUCAUUUUAUUAAAAACUCGAUAAUAUCUU